CCUGUCAGUCAGCUUAGGCAGCUGUCAAUGUCAUAAGUCAUAACAAAAAUGUACACACAGCAUCUACGUGGCUAAUUCUUUACAUUCAUUACAAACGAAGGAGAACUUUUAAAAGUAAUAAUUUACUCAAUCAAAUUUCUGGAUUUGCUCUUUGAAGAAGAUUUAACAUGAGGAAGCUGAAAGGUGCAGUAAAAGAGACAGCCAAACAAAAACGCGAGAGGAAGCAGGAUUUCGCCAAAACAAGACAACAGUUGAACACAGUUGUUUUGCCUACAUUUGCGAUAAUCUUCAUUUUAAUCUGUACAUAUGUUUACUUCAAAACCAGGCCUGCAUCCAUGCAGUAUGCCUAAUAUUAAUAAGUUGCAAUUGUUACUAUUUUAUGAUCCAAUUUCUCAAUAACUAAAACAUGCAUGAUUACCACUGCAUUUAUAUACUAUGAAUAUUGAUGUUUUAAUAAUAAAACUACCGUGAAACACUGACAUAUUAAACAUGUAAAAUCAGGUAACAUUGGCAUCGCGCGUGCUCAAUGAAAAUGCUCCUCGUUACGGAGCAAAACAUGUCGAGCGACCUUCGACAAUUUUACGUGAGUUACCCGAUUUUACAUGUUUAAUAUUCAAGUUAAUAAUUAAUCAUGUAUCACAUUUUGCCAAUUACCUACUUAUGUGUAACAGAUGUCUCAAUAAACAUAUUUUGAUUUAUUAUUGUCAAAAAGUAUAAAUUAUGAACCUGGUGAGGCAUGGGGAUGUCUGUAGAUUUCUUACUGCAUGAAUUCCCAAUACUAUGCUAGAAUUGGUUUUAGGCAAUAUGUAAUUAUGCAUCUCUAUAUCCUCAUUUGUAAGGAUAGGAAUGUGAAAUGUCAACUUUUAUUAUUUAGAAUAUGAUGUGGUUUGUCUGUUUAAUAAGAUGACAGAUUUUGUCAUUAGCACUAAUGUUGAGUUUUAGUAUUAAUAUACAUACUAGAGUUUUAUUUGGCACCUGCCAGGUUGUGAGUAAAGCGAUCCAUAGUAGGUAUUUUAAUGAAGUGAAGUAAUUUAAAAUCUUGUUCCUUCCAUAUUUAAAACAUUCCUAUAAUAAAAUUAUAAAUUUGUAUAUCAAAUGAAAUGUUUUUGAUAUUAUGUAAAUGCAAAUAUAUUUUCUGAGAAUUUA